GAUUCUUGAUGGUGACAAUAUAUGGUUUGUAAGAGUAAAAAAAACAGAUGUUGGCCCUGUUCUUGCUGAUGGAUUCACCAAACUGGUUAGGGAUACUCAUGUUAGAAAAGACGACUACCUUAUGUUUCAGACUUAUGGACCGACCUCAUUUUUUUUAAUGGUCUUUAAAUCAUGUGUUCAUAGAAACAUGUUCAUAUCCAAGAUAAACCCUCAAGAAGAUGUUAUUGUAAUGGCAGAUAAGUUUUGGAGAGAUUUUUAUGGAAAGAUGUUCAAAGGUGUGUUUUUACUCAUGGAUGUUCGGAGAUGAUAAAUGAACUUGCCUUAGACAGGAGAUCUACCUUUGUUUUCUCAAUGCAUGGAAAUAAGGUCUUCGAGGUUUCAGUGUUUAAUCAUGAAACCGGUACUCAAAUUCAGAACAACAGGGUUGAGUUAGUAGUUUUGGACGACCCAAUCUAUGUUGACGAUUUUGAUGAAUUUGCUAUCGAGACGGCAUGUAAAGAGGAGUGUAUUGAUGCUGGAACUGUCAUUGAAGAAGGUGUUGUUGUUGAAAGUAAAGAUGUAAAAGCUCAUUUGGCAGGUUUUGAAGAUAUGUUCAAUGAUCAAGACGAUUCCAAGUUUGAUACCUUUUUCUCAUCUCUACUUGAAAUGGAAGACCUUAAGAAGAAGUUCAAAGAGAAUUGGGAUUCAAAAACUGAAGGCAAAGGCAAACCAAGUGUUGUUUGUGAUGUAGAUUCAAAAACUGCGGAUGAGGAUAUGAUAGUUGAACAAAACUUGACGGCUGAUGUGUGUGAAGAUGAUCUGGAAGGAAAUCAAAAACAUGUUAAAGGCAAGUCCAAAGUUUAUGAAACUCAGACAAAACGAAGUCUUCGGAGCAGAAUUAAAAGAGUUGAUGCAGGAGCAAGCACUUCCUCUCUGGUCUUGAAAUCCACAGAAACGACAAAAAGAAAUCUUCGAAGCCGAAUUAAAAAGGUUGAUGAAGCGCCAAUGACGGGUUCUCCAGUCUUGAAAUCCACAAACCUGAAAAAGCGCAAGAAGACAAUUCAAAUACUUAACCCACAAUCAACGGUUUUGAACUUCAAAAGAAUUGCGAAACACAGAAUUCGACUACCACCAAAAAUGACAUCUGUGUUGGACUUAUCUCCUACUAAUCUCAAAGAAGUGAGUGUUCAAAACAUGACAGGUGAAGUCAACUUUAUAAUGACCAGAUCGGAAAAAAACCGCAAAGCGUUCCGGUAUGCAUUUGUUGGAUGGUCGAAUUACUUGAAGGCUUGGAACAUCAAAAUGGGAGCCGAAAUGUUUUUUGAGUUCAACAACUCAAGCAAGGUCUUGACACUGACAAAGGUUGUGGACAAGCGUGGUGUUAAGAACAAAAAAUCGCGUGCAUGA